GUACAUGAGUCCACAGGACAGGAAUGGGCAGAGAUCGUUGUGGGGGAGGGGGAGGAGAAGCCCAGAAAGAAUCUCCUCAUGGAGGAGAUCCCUGUAAGGGAGUUGGCAUGCGGCCCGGGUAUUAUGUCUACGACUCUCUGCGCUCUCCAAGCCUGGUAAUGGUCGAUUGUCGUACCCACCGGGCGUACGGCUACCGUACUCGCACUGGGAGAAGGAACUUGAAGGAGAGGGCGAAGCCUACCAUGGAAAACGUACUGUACAGCGGCUACAGUACGUGCAUUCAAAUCCAAAGCCUGUGUUGGAGACUACCGCGCACUGGAGCUGAUUAUCGCGGGCCGGGUUGUUCGUUAGAGAUGUGUGCGGGUGCGCUCCAGUACUCGUACAGUCCCGUACCUUGAGUCGGCCUCCAGUCCUAUCUUGAUUCUAUGUACUGUACAUACAGUACAUUUCUAAAGUGAACAUAACCCCGAUGUGAACACACCUUGCGCCGUACAGUACCUCACCGCUACCAUGAUCCGUGCUAAGGGCCUCCACCCGCUCACAUAGAUAAGAGCCUCUUUCCCCUUCUUCUCAUUUCCCAUCUCCCUCCACUUUUCCACUCCUCACUCCUACCAGAGUCCGCCGUCCUCUCCUUCCCCAUUACAUUUCCGCCGUAGAAAUGGGGUCCUCGUCAUCCAAGUCCGCCCGUCCCACAUGGCCUACCGUGGAAAAAUUCAGGAGACCGGCUCUCGAACCAAAGAUGAGCGACCUCACCUUAUCUGAUACGGACUCUAGCGAGGACCCGGAGCCCUCUCGUUCCUUGAGACUCGAAGCCGCUACUAAGUGGGAAGCAAAACUUCUGUCCGAACCAAAGGUAUGAACCGCAUCUUCAAUUACUGGCGCCACAGCUAAUCCCUGGUGGAAGAAUCGUCUUGCUCUUGCUGCUCUUAGCACACACGCUUCUACGGCCAUCCUUCAAAAACCGUCGGCGCUCCUCCACGAUACCCAUGUGUUCAGUGACCAGAUUGAGCUCGAAGGAACCCCCGUCACCAACCAGCGCUCCUCGGGAAGGUGCUGGCUGUUUGCUAGCACCAACGUUUUCCGGGUUCCGAUAAUUAAGAAAUACAAACUGACCGGGUUUGAACUAUCCCAAAACUACCUCUUUUUCUGGGAUAAGCUUGAGAAAGCCAACUUUUUCUUGGAGCGUGUGUACCGGCUCCUAUCCAGCGGAGACCCCGGUCUCAAGCCUUCCCGGUGACGCACGUGACUGACUUGGAGUUGCAACAGAAAUUAUUGAUACCCAAGAAGAAGAUCUUGAUGGAAGGCUGAUUCAGUACCUAUUGCAAUCCCCUGUUGGUGACGGCGGUCAAUGGGAUAUGGUUGUGAAUUUAGUUGAAAAAUAUGGAUUGGUAUUGUUGCCGCCCAAUCCCGGUCGAUGCGUCUUGUGACAACCUGCUAACUUGUUCGCAGAUUCCGCAAGCUUUCUAUCCUGAUUCGUUCAACUCCAAGUCGUCCGGCCGCAUCAACUGGCUCAUUACGGCCAAACUUCGCGAGGCGGCUCUCACCCUGUAAGCCAGAGGCCUUAGUGCGCCCGGACAGUCUCUUGUGAAAAGGCUAAUAUCCGAUUUGUCUAGCCGGUCGCUCGGUUCUUCAUGCAAGAGUGGGGAGCUUGGAAAAUACAAGGCCAAGGUUCUCCGAGAGAUAUUCGGCAUCCUAGUUCUGUCCCUGGGCGUUCCUCCCAAACCCGAUGAUACCUUCACCUGGAGUUUCCACGAUAAGGACGGAAAAUUCCGGUCCAUUACCACCACUCCCCUCGAAUUUUACAGAGAGAACACAGGCACCAUAAGCUACGGUGCCGGUGUAAUUGACGGGGUUUUGGGUGGUGGAGAUAGGGGCGGCGUUGCCGAGAGAUUCUCCUUAGUCAAUGAUCCCAGGAACGAAUACAACAGGCUCUUGACAGUCGAGAGGCUGGGUAAUGUUGUUGGUGGGGGCGGGGUUAAAUAUGUCAACGUGUCUAUAGAUGUGAAGCCCCUUCAGAUACCCCCCCACGGGACAGUGCCCGUCACACCGCAGGAAGUCGUUCCUACACGAAAUCGAGACUGACCCGGGAUACUAGGCUAUGAAAUCUACAGCUAUCGCCAUGAUCAAAGCACAGCGUCCUGUAUUUUUCGGAUGCGAUGUUGGAAAGUUCGCGGAAGGCGCCAGAGGAAUUAUGGAUACCGAUUUGUUUGAUUACGAACUAGGGUAUAACAUCACUUUGUGUAUGAACAAGGCUGAGCGGCUUCGCACUGGAGAGAGUUCAAUGACGCAUGCUAUGGUUCUCAGUGGAGUCAACAUCGUCGAUGGGAAGCCAACAAAGUGGAGAGGUAUAACCACAUCCCCCAGAACGCUUUGAGGAAUAAUUUGGCAGUGACUGAUUUUGUAAUUCCCCAAUAGUGGAGAACUCAUGGGGAGCCGAGUCGGGAGAAAAGGGCUAUUGGCUCAUGAGUGAUGCUUGGUUUGAUGAGUACUGCUACCAGGUUGUUACCGACCCCGCUUUCGUAAGCAAUGAGGUCCUCAAUGUUCUCAAGCAGGAUCCCAUAUCACUCCCUAUUUGGGAUCCAAUGGGAAGCCUUGCCUAGCGGUAUUCUGUACUAGUUUGAUUUCGGGACUUUUGACAUGUAUUUUAAGGUUCUUUGGAGUGGUCAUUUUCUUAUGACAGGGAGUUCUUUAUAUAUGCAUUGGGUAAACCGUGUCCUUCUCAAUUUCUCUUCGCACUUCAAGCCGCUUUCUGAUGUUGAAUGAUACAUGGUGUGAUAUUAAAGAAUAGACGGCAUUGAAUGUAAAGCCAGC